GACGAGGACGAGGACGUGGUGGUGGGGGUGGAGGAGGAAGAGGAGGAGGAGGAGGGCGGCCUGGGGAGCCCCCCCCCCCGGCGCCGACCGGCCACGGCAAGGGCCCCCUCCGGGGGAGCCUGAAGGCAGCCAGCAUCAAGCGUGAAAUGACCUUCUCUGCAUUUCAACAGGACGAUGUAAAAAGUGACAUCAGUCAAAAACUGCCAGACCAACAGUUUCUCCUGUUCACCACAAAGGAGGAAGAUUUAAAAACAGCAGAGACCAAAAAACCAAACAGAGCUCAUGAGUAUGAAAAGGAAAACACUCGCUCUGUUUGUCUUCUGGAACAGAAGCGCAAGGUUGUUUCUUCAAAUAUUGAUGUGCCUCCAGCAAGAAAAUCUUCAGAAGAACUGGACAUGGAUAAAGUAACAGCAGCCAUGGUACUCACCAGUUUAUCCACCAGCCCCUUGGUCCGCAGCCCUCCUGUCCGACCCAACGAAUCCCUAAAUGGAUCUUGGAAAGAAGGAGGAUUUGUGCCUUCUAGUACCAGCAGCAGUGGAUACUGGAGCUGGAAUGCUCCCAGUGACCAGUCCAACCCAUCCACCCCAUCUCCACCUCUGUCAGCUGAUAGCUUCAAAGCUUUUCGGACACCUUCUCAGCCAGAUGAUGGUAUUGAUGAAGCUGAAACAAGCAACCUUCUCUUUGAUGAACCCAUUCCUAGGAAGAGAAAGAACUCCAUGAAGGUGAUGUUCAAAUGCCUGUGGAAAAACUGUGGGAAGGUACUGAGCACAGCUGCAGGGAUUCAGAAACACAUACGGACCAUUCACCUUGGACGUGUAGGAGAGUCUGAUUACAGCGAUGGAGAGGAGGAUUUUUACUAUACAGAAAUCAGGCUCAACACGGACUCAGUAGCUGAUGGCUUAAGCAGUCUCUCCCCAGUCUCUCCAUCUUUAGCAUCUCCUCCUUCCUUUCCCACCCAAGACGCAAUCCGUCCUGAAACUUCCUGUGCCAAAACCGAGACUAAAUUGAUGACACCUCUGAGCCGCUCAGCUCCUACCAACCUCUACCUCGUACACACGGACCAUGCUUACCAGGCCACUCCUCCGGUGAACAUUCCAGGGUCAGCAAAAUUCACUCCCAAUGGCAGUAGCUUUAGCAUCUCUUGGCAGUCGCCUCCAGUUACCUUUACCGGCAUUCCAGUCUCACCAACUCAUAAUCGUCCUGCAGGGAGUGGAGAGCAGAAACAGUCCCACACAGUUCUUUCAUCACCGCCUAGAGUAGCAUUUGGCUUGAGGAAGCCUAGAGGGGAGGGGAAAAAGUGUCGGAAGGUCUAUGGGAUGGAGAACAGAGAUAUGUGGUGUACUGCCUGCCGAUGGAAGAAGGCCUGCCAAAGGUUCAUCGACUAAAGAUUGAAAUUAUGCAGAGGAUUUGGGGAUGGGGGAGGACAACAGCAGAACCAGAUUGCUGCAGCCGCACUGUAUCACUUCCCAUUUUCCCUCCAGUGAUGUGGUGUUGGGGGUUUUGGUUUUUUGGGGUGUUUUGGUUUUUUUUAAGAGCUUUGAAAUACAAAGUGAAGCACUUGUAGCCAAGGAGAAGCAGUAAUCAAAACCUGUGUGGAGCAAUAGAGCAAAAAAAAAAGAAAAGCAAAACCAAGGACAUACAACAAAAUUCUGUCUUACUAAGUAUGGAAACCAGAGCAGCUAUUAGUGUUUUUCUGUAAAAGAAAGAAAAAGUUAAUUUUUUUGCUAACUCUGUGAGCUAUCUGCUCCUUAGGGUCAUUUUUAACCAUUUCAGUCUCUGUGCUGUGAACGUCUGUAUUUGCUAAACUGAACAAUUUUUCUUUUCCUGAAACGAAGAUCCCUUUUGAAAGCUUUCUAAUAAACACUUCAGAGUCAUAUAAGCUACAGUUUUCUCAAAAAAAGCUGUACUAAGACUGGAGACUGCUAAAUAAUUCUCCUGAUACGUAUGAUCAUGAUUAUAUUAUAUUUUUGGAAAGGGGGUGUGGGGAGGAGUUGGGAUUUUUGUUUGUUUGUUUAUAGGAGAAAAGCAAAGUCUGAAUUUGCAAGAAGGACAGGCAGUGCUCCUGGAAGAUUUUUAAACCAGGCACAGACCAGUGGAGUGGAACAAAGUAAUUUUAAGUACCAAAUUGGAUUUUGAUCCUCUAGAGGAAGAAAAGCAGCAAUGGAGAGUCACCAGCAGAUAUUGUCACAACAAGAAGUUGAGGGAAGAAAUCCAGUGAUGCUUGAUUGAAACCCAUAAGAAUAUAAUGGGGGGCCAGUAGCUUUUCUUACCACUCUCCCAUUUCUGAGGGAGGAUGAACAGUUGGACCAGCACGUCUGUUGCUGCAGGAGACCUAUAAAGAACUGGUAAAUGCAUCCACUAGGAUUACACGUAGUACCUAUUCAGGGACACGAUCCAGCCCAGCAGUUCUGUUCUUGCUUCCUUUUCUCUUAUUUGAGAGACUGUUGUUAAGAUAAUGGUUUGCUCAGCUUCCCCCCCGCCCCCAUUAAAGUGUCUAAGAUUUAUUUGACACAAACAAAUGGUAGAGAAAAGAAAAUACCCCCUUUCCUCAACAUCACCUCAGUAAAAGAAGUACAACAGCAAAGGAGCAACGUAUUUAUGGUAAAAGUCCAUUUCUUAACUCAUUUUGAUAUAUGAAUUAACAAGUUUCUCUACUUGCAGUACUUGGAUAGAUUUGGGUACUUCAGUUUCUCUGUCCAUUAGAAAGUAUACACCAGAAUGUGGCAAGCUGGUGUCCUGUCUCAACUUAUAUUGAAUUAUCAUUAAUUAGUGAUUAUUUCAAUGCAAAAAUAAAGUAAGGUUUUAUUAGGAUAUGAAUGUAUAUGCUUAAACAAUACUUUCCUAUUAAAGGAAAAAAAAAAUCAAAGAAAGACACAGAAGCAAAAUUUUGCCUAUUAAUAGAGGCAUGGAGGCCCACAAAUUCCUGGUUGUUUUUUUUUUCCAUACCAUUUGAAAUUAGACCAGAUCUUUUUUCUCUUUUUUUUUUUCUCCCCCACCACCACCCCAGCUCAUCCUCACUGAAAUAAGGGGACUCUCUAAGUAUCUAAACAGCUUUCUAAAAUCUGGUCCAAAGUUCACUUGAUAGCUUUAUUAAGCGUGCAUUGACACUUAUGCCUAUGUAAAAGCACAAAAUAACAAUGCAGUUGUUGAGAAUAUACACUAUGAGUUCAGUAAAGUAGUACUGAGAAGUAAAAUUUAUAAUGGGAGCUACCGAAGAUUAUCAUCUGUUUUUCUUUGAACAAGUUAAUUGGGCAAUCAGAUGCCUAAUUUGAACAUGCUAUUUCUGCAGUUGUUUACAAAUUGUGUAAUUUACAUGCACAAGCAGCAAGAUAUGCUUGCGUGCACGCAAUUACUUGAUUUUUUGCCCAAUUGUGUUCUCUAAGUCAUUUAAAAAAAAAAAGAAGAAAAAUAGACUCUGAAAUCUAGUAAGACCCUGAAAUAUAUAAACAUAUGUGUGUGUAUGAGCAUUUAUAUAUAUAUAAAAGACUAUAUAUUAUAUAUAUUAUAUAGGUUUUUAUAUAUAUAAAAUCUGGGAUCAACAGGGAGGAGGAAGAUUGUUUUCUUUACAAAUAUAAAAACCAAGAUGCUAAAGGUCAGUGGAUAUACAUAGCCACUGUAUUAUCUUCUUUCCUCUUAAUAAAAUGAGGGUCAUGGGGUUUUUUUGGAUGUUGUAUUUUUUCAAUUUCCUUAGUAAAAUAUCUCAUAGUAAUUCAUAGUCAUUUCAUCUUCGAACACUGAGCUUGCUGAUGGUGUAUUUACUUUGGUAGAACUUAGAAAAUCUGGGACUUUUCCAAGAUACUCCUGCCAAUUUGCCCCCCCCCCAUUUUUACAAGCACUCCAAGACUAAUUAUAAAGCGUUCCAUAAUUAAUUUGACUUUUGUUAGACUGACAGUAUUUGCUUGUAUAUUUGUUGUUCCCCUCCUUUUAUAUUUUCCCUUCUUGCUUUGGAGGAUUUUUUGAAAAUAAUGUAUCAGAUUGUAUAUUGUUUCUAUAAUGUCAUGGCAUUGUGAGCACCUUUCCCGAGGGCACUUUACGAAUUAUUGUAAUAAGAUUAUUCUUUAUGAAUUUCUGCACGGAAGAAUGGUUUUGUCUCCAGACCAGAUUGCCCUCUGGUACAAAUUUGAUAUGGAUUACAUAUAGGCACAAAAGCCACAAAUCAUCAAAACAGGAUAGAAAGUUGGUGUUAACAGAACAGAGGACAAAAGAUACUUGAUAAAUCCUGCCAGGACAAAGCUAAAUUACCAGUAUUUUUACACAACCUUUAAUCAGCAGUUUAUAUUAAAUCAGUUUUGCAUCUUAUGGCUGUGGCAUUUUGAUUCAAAAGUAGGCACUCUUCGAGUUAUUGUGUCUCAACCAUGGCCUGCGGUAGCGGGACGGCACGGCUGCCUGGACCUGCGUGAAGUGUUCACCAGUUGCUUCGUGCUUUGAACUGAGAUUACUUCAUGUUGCAGGAGCACUUCAGCGCCCGCUGAGAUCCCCUUCGCCUUCCCGACACACCCAGCAAGUACAGAAAUGUCAGCAAAGCCUUUUCUGUGCUGGCAGUACUGAGUGUAAUCUGGAAUAACCUCUUCAAUUUUCGGUCUCUUGUUUCUGUGUUGCUUUAAGCUGCAUCGCUGUUGUCCUAAAAUCUGAUUCAUCUCAUACUUCUGCACCGGCCUCUCUAAAAGUCAGAUUUCUUUGUUUUCCCAGGGAAGAGCUAGCCUGAAUGCCAUGGUCAUUUAUUGUCAUCAGUACACACCAUUUCCCCUAUUUUUGGUUUCUCUGUGGGAGGUAGGUCAUUGUCUCUGACCUCCUGGAGGAGUUGGAAAGAACAGCCUGAAUGCAUCACGCAGUCUCUGUGUGCUACAGGGAUUUGGACGUGGGUUCAUUUAUGUCAAGAGCCAGAACUUCCCACUGAGAUACAAAAAUGGAAGGAUCUAUUUUGUCGGGUUUAACCACUUACUAGUAUUGAUGCUGGUAACAGAAGUUGCCAACAUCAGUAUCAGAGUGGAUAUCAACUGUAUAGAUCCCAAAUAUUUUUCUUCAGGAGUUUUCUUGCUAUAACAAAGCUAUUUCCCACUUCCCCAUUUACCCCAUCCCCAAAAGAUCUGGCAAAGGAGGUAAUUUUAGAAGUGGGAAAUUUUAAUGGCAAUUUUUAAAAUGCGACUGUGCUCCAGCUGCUCCUGUAUGAAGCUAUUGGACAGCACAAACUCAGAUCAUCUUAGUCAUAAAAUGGUUUCCACCCAAAACAAUGUGCCUGAUUCUCUAGUGCCUUGCACAAAUGUAACAGGAUACAGAAGAUGCAAAGUGAGCAAAAACUCUUCCAUUCCAAUUUGCAGGUUUACACUUACUCUUAACCAAUACCAGUCAUCACCUAGCAGGUAUCUGUUGUCAUGUAAGCCAGACAUGUAAGCCCUGCUUGUGUGAAUAAGCUGAGCAGAAUGCCUAUCUGUUGAAUUACUUUUUCCAAAUCAUUAGCCUGGUAUGAACGUUGGCUAUCUAAUGAUCUACAGAUUCCUUGCACACAUUUGCCAUCACUGACAUCACUUUCUUCAUUCCUCCUCCCCUUCAUUUUUUUAAGAUAAUGACUAGGUAAGCAACACAACAGGAGGCAAAGCUUUAGCCAAAAGUUCUUCAUGUAAGAACAGAUUCCAGCUCCAUGCAAUAUCACAGAUGUUCUUGUCACUGACUUUUUAUUUUUUUAUUCAUUCUGAUCCAGUGAGUCGGGAUGUUUUUUUAUUUCCUGCUAUGGUCUGGGACCAUCUACAGUGGCCCUGCCAAGAAUUCAGGACAAUCACUGUAAAUGUGGCAAUACAAAGCAAUUUCUUUUCUUCCCCUGCCUGUAAAUAUGUUGAAACACCAUCUCAGAAACAGGACAUGAAAUUAGAAGCUUGCUAGCCAUGUGCAGAGAUGUAAGAGGUUGCCAGUGAGGCUUGUUUCUGUUGUUUCAAACUUCAGUCAUCUGUUGGAGAAGGUUGUGCUGCGCCUUUUCUUAGAAACAUUUUGAUAAGGAAAUGUUUGUAAAGUCUCAUCUUGAUCUUAUUAUUUAUACUUGAUUCAAUCUUCCUGUAAGGUGACAGCACUGGAACUGAAACCUGUACGGAGUAUGGGAUUUAAUCUGCAUUUGUCAGGAUUUUUCUAGUAGAUAACCGCGGGCUGUUGCAAAGCACUGUAGCGUAGAUUUUGUUCUAGUAUAAGUUCAGGAGAGUUUUAUGGCACCUUUAGCAAAAUAGCUAGAAAGUAAGUCAUGAGCAAAAAUUAAUCAAGCUGAGGGUUUAAAUACAUUCUGUAUCUGCUAGAUGUAAGCGGCCCUUGUCUGCAUCUAUGUAGAGCUUGAAAGCCUUCAAGAUUGCAAAAAAGCCAAUGUACACUUAUAGUUGAUGGUGCCCACUUGAACUGGUUUUUCCAUCUUAGACUACAGUGCUUUUGCAUUGACCACGCUCUCACUUAUCCAAAUGCAAGAUUAAAGAUGUGUAUCUUCCACUUGCAACUUUUUGAGUUUAUUCCUCAGUAAGAAAAACACUAAUCAUGUUCUUUGUGCUUCACAUGGAGCAUUUCUAACAGCAAUCCAGAAAAACCCUGAAAACAGAAAUCAGUCUGUUUCUGAUGGCACCAUGCAAAUUAAAAUAUGGUUUGCUGCUAUGCUUGCUCAUACUCGCAGCAAGAAUUCAUUUGGCCAGUCAGCUGAUGAAAUGUAAAGGAAUGGAAAAAUUUUAGUAUCAAGCCAGUGUUCUGCUUUUUUUUAACACAACACCAAGAAUUUUUUUCCAACUGUGGUUGAAUCUGAAUGUGAGAUCUCUAAUACACCCUUGAGGGAAAUUAAUUUAGCAAUAGAAAUGCUGUUUCAGCUUUCCUAUUACUUGGGCAUAUACACAAUAUUAUACUAACGAGGUAGGGUUUCAAGAUUAAUUCCGAAUUCUUGAUGUAAUUCAAUGCUAAAGAUGGACUUGAACAUUUUAAAAUGUUUGAAUGUUAGUGUUUACUAUUUGCCAGUCCUCUUAAAAAAUUCAGGUUUGACUUUGGAGUCCUUAUCUUAGUAUGUUAUACCCUGCAGCAAUUAGUAUAUGCUGUGUAAUGGUCAGAUAAACAAAAGUUACUAAAAUCGUUGUAAAAAACUGCCUUGGGAAGACAAAAAAGUUAAUACAGAUUUCCUCAGGGACCAUAAGAGGGCUGCAAAGGCAGGAUGUAGGUUUAUUUGAAUGGAAGAUGGCUAAGAAAUUGGGUUUUUUUUUGUAUUACAGGCAAAAUUUAAAAAGCAGUAUGUCACUACUUGAAUUACUAAAAUUAGAAGGAAGUACUAAUUAGUGAACAUGCUCUUACUUAAUGCUAUAGCUUAUGAAGUUCCAAACAGGAAAAAAAAUUAAUGUUAGAUGAUAUAAAAAUAUAGAAAAUGAGCUUGAACCAUAACCUAAUUAUAAUAUAAAUCUAUACAUUUGUAUAAAUCUUUUCAGGAUCUACUCUAAAUAUAAAGGCUUCUUGUUCAUAGCGGUGCUUGUUCAAAGCAUUCUUUGUCUAUAAUUGGAUUACUUCUUACCAAAUUACUUCAGCAAGCAAAAAAAUAAUAUGUUAGCAUGAUAUCCUGGAGGUGUUGAGUACUCUACUUUGCAAAGUGCUAUUUCUACGUGAAAUUAAAAGAAAACAUCCCACCACGGGUUUUUUUCAUAUCUGCAGAGGUAUCAGCUUCAGUAAACCCAAGGUUUUAUUGAACCAUGUUAACCAGUAUUUUGAAGAAAUACAUAGGCAAAUUCUCAAAUUUUUCUUUAUUUGUAUGCAAAGAAAUUAUUUUUGGUUUGUAAUAAUUUUUCCUAUCAACUUUUUCCUGUGUCCAGGGACUCCAUUCUGCAAAUUCCCAAAUAUUUAUACUGAAGUGAAUAAAAAUCAGAAUCUUCAGUAUUAGGACCUAAAAAUGUAAAUAGCACAUGGCAUCAGAAUUCUUAGUAUCAGUAUUUAACUGUAGUAAUUAAUUCUUACAGUGAUGCCAAGAAAUCUGUCAUGGUAGGGGUGCACAUAACCUAUAAAUUAUCAGGUACAGCUAUGCAGAGGUAGAACCACUGAUAGUCCAAUAAUAAAAUGUGGGUUCAUAUUCAUCAGAGCACUCAAGUAUGUGUUUAAUUCACUUGCGGAGUUUGUUGAUGAGACUGUCUUUCUGAAGUUAGGCACACAAUUUUACACUCUUCUGAAAUCAGGCCUUGGCAAGAGCAGAUACUCUGAUAGCUUUGUUUGAAAUAAGCACUUUGUAAGACAAUCUAUCUUUUUCUGAUUUUAUGCAAUUUAUCUUGUAUUUAGAAGACCAGACAAACUUAGAGAAUUCUUUUUUUAAAUUAUUUUUUGCAUUGCAAAGGGAAAGUGAGAAAGAAGACAAGUUUAACUGUACAUUUCAGCAUGUGAAGGCAUUGCUUAGGUUUGUAAAAGGUGUCUAUUUGCCAUUAAGCUCAAAGGAACUUAUUUGAGCACAUCAGAAAAAAAAAUGCAUGACAAGCAGGUCACGUUAUAUAAACCUAUAUAGUUCCAUUUGUAUUCCCUGUACGCUCAACACUCCUCCAGGCAGCUAAAGGCAUAGGAGCUGAGUGUGCAAGGAAAUAACUAAGUUUACCUAAAAACUUAGUGUGCUUUUAAGCCACAAAUGAUGUUGUCUAAGUAUAAUUUUUAGUGUUAAAAGAAAAUAGACGGUAGCCUUAUUAACAAGGUGCAAUACUUACAAAGGGCUAAAUUACGGAAACAAGUGGUGUGUGUUUGUACAUCACUGUGAAACGUGCACUCUUUUAAAACUGACUUUUAUAGCACUGGGAUCUUAUUACCUCUCUGAAAUGAUAAUGUUGGUAUAAUUUUAUAACCAUUUAUUACACAUUAUGAAACAGGAUUUGGGAUUUCCUAAGAACCAAAAGGAGGAGGGGGGGAAUUGUAAAUCACAUAGAAUAGUGGUAUGUUGUUUUACAUGGCAGAAGUAACAUAAAACACCUUUACAAAGCUAUACAAAUUCUGGAGUACUGAAAGAAAAAAACAUAUUGCCCUUGGUUACAGAUAGUUUAGUCUGAAAUUUCCCAUGAUGUCAUGAAAAUGCCUACAUCAGUGUUCAGUGUUUGCUUUGUCUCUUCCUUUUUAUUAUUGGGUUUUAUUUGUUUGUAUUCUGAUUGUGAAGAUAUUCCUAAAUUACCAAUACUUAGCUUGAAAUUGUAUUCUUUUGAAAAUAACUUCUAAAAUGGAGAAAUUUCUUCAUUAUCCUGUACAGUCUGAAUGAAAUUGUACAACAUGAUCUGCUCCAACUUAUGUGGAGAGUUCAUGCAAGCAGGUUAUAUAGGAAAAGAUUAUGUUGAGGGUUUGUUGUUCAGUUAUAAAAAGGGUUUGAACAAUUAAACUAAAAGCUCCGCUCACAUACUUCUUCUCUCCAUCUGCACUGUGGGGUCAACAGAAUAUAGGUUGCCAAGUAUGGUGUAUCUUGCAUCUUUUUUUUUUUCUGUUAAAUAAUGACAUACAUGUCAUUUUCCCGUCUCUCUUAUUGGUUUUGUCUUAUGCUCAGAGUCCAGAAUUAACUGAAAGGCAGAAUAAUCAGAUCUGUUGAACAGAAGACUGUUUGGUUGUUUCCCUGUUUGACGACUUCUAGCAAAGGGCCAAAGGACAAACUCAAAUUUAGAGACAUUAGUCGGAAGAGGCUUGAGCCAGUCAAGUAAGACCUGAAACAAAAUUGCUCAGAAUUGGAUCCCAGUAGGAGGAAACUAGUGUUAAGCAGUCAAGUACAGAAGUUUUUUGUGGUUUUUUUUUUUUUUUAAUUACAAGCCUGAUAAAAAGUCUUUUUACACAUUUAAGAGCAAAAUGCAGAUAGCAUUGUAACCAGGUGAGCCCUCGAAGCAUUACAGAUUUUCUCAGGAGAGUUGCAAUUAUUCCCGUGAAUAAGUGCAUUGACUAGGACUGCUCACACAGGUAACGGUUGUAGAACAAAGGCACUUGGGUUUUCCUCUGUGUGAUUAUUUCCACUGUAAUUGGGAGUGUGAAAUUGUGAAUCUUCCUUCCUGAGUGCUUGAGAAAAGAAUUUUGCUGUUAGGCUUUGUAAGAGGGAUGGAUACUUACCGAGGCACAUUUGCCUGGCUGUUGGCAGAUGUUGGCUCAGUUUUUACUAAUACCAACGUGGCAGGACUUUGGAUGUAUCACUGAGUGACAGAUUUAAGGGCUGUUAAGCACAUGGUGUUCAGCCUGUAAUCCAUCCUACUGAUACCAGGCCCGGGGAGAGGAGGUUUUUCAGAAUGGGAUCCAGGAUAGCCAAGCUGUUGUGAAGGGAGUUACCACCAUAAUCGUGUGCUGUCAGCUGCAGCAAGUGCUCCAUUGGUUGUGUCCAGCUUGAGUGAGGUGGUUAUCUGCAUUCAUUCCUGACCCACAGUACAGAAUGCUCUUUUAAAGAAUAUUCUUUCUUUCAGGGAUUAAAAUAAAACUGUUGGAGAAGUUUUAUGUUACAGAAGGUCACUGAAUAAAUUACAGUGUUGUCAGAGCUGAAAUCUGAAGUGGUGGUUUCCCUCCUUCCAAAGCCAUGCUGCAGCUCCCCAAGUAGCCGGUGAGAGUAUGCUCUUGUGGAGCCCUGUAACCUUAACUAAAUCCUUUUCCCAAGACUUGCUGGAACCCAGCAAAGAACCCUAAAACCACACCAAUGUGAGUUUGACCCCCCCAGGUAAAGGAGGCUCUUUCCAACUCUUUCCCAACUCUUCCACUUCCCAAGCGAGUGUUUUAUUAGUAGACUUUUAUAAAGGGGACAUUACCCCAUCACUUUCCAGUGGCAUUUCUAGCACAGCACCAGCUACCCCUGCAUUUGCAAGGAACCAGACAUUAUCUUUGUGAGUCAUGGGGUUUGGGGAAUAUUAUUUUAGAUUCAGAUCUCUACAUUUCACCUAACACUGUAGUUCCACAGCAGGUUAAGUUGGCAUAAGCUUGUGCUACUGUUGAAAGAGCUGUUCCUACCCCCUGGCAGAGGCAUUUCUAGAGAGAAGUAUCCGGGGUUAUGCUGGCUUGAAGCACUCCUAAAAGUGUAGGUCUGUAUAAAAUGCCUGAAGGCUAGAUCAGUAUAUGGCUUGCUGGUUUGUACCUCUGCUCUUCAUGUGACAGGCAUGAUAAUACUGCCUUUAUCCCACCCUGUCUUGGCUGGAGUCUCAUUAAGGGCCUGGACUUGCACAUACUCCCACAGCAGCUAGCUCAAGAGAGCUCUACUAACGGCUGGUUGCUUAGCACUACUAGAAUACCAUUAAAACAGCAUUGAUUUUGAUAUGAAAUGGAGUCUAUAGGGGAAAAAGAAGAGUUAGAUCAAUAAUCCUACAUGCAGUGAGCCUUAAAAGUACAUCUUAACUGUGCCAUGGUUUUGCUAAGCAGAUACUGGAGGAGUUAAGCGACAUGAAAAGCAACCCUACGGGACCUUGCUCCCCCCCUGACCCCGGGGGUGUCCUGGAUCUAAUCUGAUGUUUUUCAAGGUAAUCUCAGGCCAUAAAAUGUUUAUUGGGGGGUGGGGAGACGUGGUCUCUGUAGUGCAGAGUUCUCUGGGCCACAGAAAACCAGGGUAUACUUCUUACCCAGACUUGGUAGCAAAUAGGAAGGAUCCUCAGCUGCUUUGCUACUGCAGUUUUUCAGCCUCUUUUUAUUCUAGCAUCAGUGUAGCAGUGAUGGGGAAAAGGUAACGGUUCAUAAGGUAACUGAAGGAAGAUAACUGUCAGCAUCAAUUGCACUACGUUUUUUUAAACUCUGUGAAAAAAGCAAUUAUGUUUUCUUGUCAUCUGCUACUCAUAUUAUUUCAUAUAAGAAAAGUAUUUCCAUCAUAGAAGGGGAUGAAUUUAGCACAUGUUAAGCAGCUGUAGGAAAACAAAAGCCCAAUUGCCCAGUUUUUAUGAAGAUGGGAUUUCUAAUACACUCUGCUUGCCUAAGACUGCAGUAUUUAGAUCCAUGCACCCUUUUGUCUGGCUUCAGUCACAAAAGGGAAAUAUCUGCCCACAUACAUUGUUCUUCCUUUGUUUCCUAUCAAAUAUUGUUUUAGAGAAUAUGAAGUAAAUUUAAGUUCUUUUUCAAAAACAUUUUUUCUGAAUUAUUAUUUUUAGAACCACAGCAUAUCCUCUUUAACUCAGUGUAAAAUUACUGAGCUUUAAUUUGCUCUGCAUUGCACUUUAUAUAUUUUUUCACUUGUUGGGCCAGGUAUUUUUGAUAUACAAAACAAUAAAGGUUUUGUUAAUCUAGUUUUAACUAGAAGUUAACCAUGAAACUAAGAUAUUUUUAUUAAAAUGCAAGUUCCGUAAAAUACAGCAAAUAAACUAUUUAGGUCAGAGACAUUUUUAAUGAUACAUUGAGAAAUAUUAUAGCUCCUGAAAUGAUUUACCAUUUGGUAAAUUCAAUACAUUAAUGGAUAGCAUGGUUUAAAAUGGAAUAUGAAUAAGCAGGAGACAAAGGUCUAGACAUUGGAUUUGCUUAUAUGCAAAACCUGCAUUAGUUUAAUUGCUAUGGGUCUUUAAAAAAUUAGCCUAAUCUAGUUCAAAGAAGUAUAAAGCUAUUUAAUAAGCCAGGUUAAAAUUAAAAGAGCUCACAGAAAAGUUGAAAUCAGUUUCACUUAAUUACCAAAAAGAGAUACGUUUUUCACUAUGCUAAUGCAAUGCUGUAUAGCGGGCAGUCUGAGAAGCCCCUUGUCUCUGGAGGGGCUGAAAUCAUGCAAGUACAAGGCACCACCAGAAGCCGUAAGGGAGUAUGUAUUUUCCUGCUUUAAACAGCAGCUCUCCAAACUGUUGCACUUACAGGCCCGCUUCAAGGUUGACAAUGGUAUUUCCAUUUGUUUUUUCCUGCCUUCAUUCGCUCAAAUUUUGGGAACUACUGUCCUAAAAAUAAUCGUCUUGUUCCUAAAUGAGCUAAUGAAGAGCUCAUCUUCCCUCUGAUUUUGGUGUUAAACUUAACAGCCCUAAUACUGUUCCCCAUAGUCUAGCUUAAGAAUUUUUAGAUGCCAGUUUCAACGUUUUAAACAAAGAACAGCUACUCUACCCCAGCACAGAAUCCUUUCAAGUCUUGUGGAGGAUAUUGACAAGUAAAGACCUUUUUUACUUUUACUUUGUCCAAACUCUUUAUUCCAAAUCACACCUAGAAAGGUGGAAGUCUGCAGUGACUGGAAGACAAAGCACACAGCAGUAAAGAGAGGAGAGAGGGAGAGGGCAUGCUCUCAUUUCCUUCCCAGGGUGAGUCCUCCGUGGGCUCCCCUCUCCCAGGCUGCUGAGCAUGUGUGCACAGACCAUGCACAGCUCUGAAGUCCUCAACGCCACCAUGUGAAAUUCCUGCAAAAGUGCUUUGUCAACCACCUCCCAGAGUCCCCAGUUCCUUGUAAGACACUUUCAGACAUUCUGCUUUUUCAUUUGUACAUCCAUAGGUAAAAGUAAAAGCUAAUCGCUGCUCCAACAGCAUGAGUCAGUCUCACCUUGAGCUGCAAAUAUAUCAUAUUGCCAUUUUUAAUCAAGCUUCAGUUUCACCUACAAAAGACGUGCAAGAUCCAGGUAUUUCUGCAUGCUGUAAAGCUGGUUUGUUCUUUCAGGGACUAACAGGCAUCCCUGGAGCAUGGCAAGCGCACCACCAGUGCAAGCUUCAUGCUUAACAUUGAUGAGCACCAUGUUACCUGUGCUGAAGAGAAAGCAUAGAUUAAUGUUAGCUAUAUAUCCUACCACAGAGAUGAGUGCUGCACAGCGCUGCUCAGGUCUUGCAAUUGUGGAAAAAUUAAGCUUAAAACCUUUGCACUAAGGACAGGUGUCAGAAAACUCAAUUUGUGUUUGGCUGAAGAGCAAGAGCAGCAACAGGCCUACUCCAAGGUGAUGGUCCAUCAGGCAGCACAAAUAACAGUUCUGUUGCCUGACUAGUUUCUGUGCUUUGGUAUAGGUUUGAAGGAAAUCUUAAAAGAGAAGACGACUUUUGCAUGUCAGUGAUACUCCUUUGCAAUCUGAUUUGAUUCUGCCCUCUGGGGGCAGUCUGUGGACCAGCACAGUAGAUUUAGAUAAGGUACUUCCACUGCCAGUGACUUGCAGAUAGCAAAAAACUGUUUCUUACUAGAAGCUGGUGCUUUUUCUUUACUUAAGAUAAAAAAACCCCACAGAACAACAAAAUGCCACCGUGCAGACCUUCAUUAAACUAUCACUGUCUCCCCGUAGCGCUGGCAGCUAGGGAGAACUCCAGAAUUCAGAGGACCUUGGCCAUAACUUGCCAAAAAGCCUCUGCAAUCUACUGCCACUAAAAAUGUUUUAGUGUUAGAUCAAAAACAUACAGACUUGGGCUCUCCAAAGCUCCUCUAAGAAUUUUGCUGUUACUUUAUAUUAAAGAAAGUGUUAAAAUCUUUGUGUCUGCAUCUGAGUCGAUUCUGCCUGCUGAACCAAGAGCACUUCCAAUAGGCUUCAGAUAUAUAGGGAGUCAUUCUUGGUACAAGUCACAAUGCUCCAAACAUUUCAAAUAUUUUUCUUAAAAACAUUUGUGAAAUUAGCAAUGUGUAUAUUAAUGCCUGAAAGUCUAUGAAAAUAAUUGAGUUAUUUAAAAUACUAAAAGAAGUAUGUGCUUGCACUUGAAACUUGAAAGAAAGACUACUGAAUUACUGAUUUGCUAAGCACUGGCUCCUGCUUUUUAUUAAUGCACUAAAUCAGCUUUGGACAGAGUAACUUUUUCUAAAAAUUGAGAAGGAAUGUUUUUUUCUCAAGUCAUUCAGGUAAUGAAUUGUUUGUUUCCGGUCACUGGGUUUUAGUAUGAGCAAAUCUCAUCCUCUUGCACUUCUGAUAUUCAUUGUUUGUAUGGAAAAAAGUAUUUUCUGCUUUUUCAUUUCCCAGUGAACGAUCAGUUCACUAGCUACAGGCAAUGUUUCUUCACUUAGAUUGCAAAAUAUGCUUUGAUAAAUUUACUCUACCCCAUGUGAAUCCUGAUUAUCCAAUUAUUAUAUUUUUUCUAGCUUCAAAAAUGCUUUUGUGCAAUUUUCAUAGAUAUGGUUGAGUAAAAAUUGUGAGGAAGAAUCUAAGUCAUAUAAUAAAUGCAUUAACCACUUUUUUCCUAAGUAAAAAUUAAGAACAUGAAGAAAUAUGAAGUAUCAUGAACAAAGUCAAUUAAUCGCUGAAUUAAAUGUUUGUAGAACAUCUUGAUUAGUAAAAAGCAGUGAUCUUUCUUUGUUAAAGUUACAUUUAGUAGCAAACCAUUGUGUUUUAGUAAGUAUCACAAGUGAGAAAGCAAUUUUUCUUCAGAAGGAGCACAAAUGGAAAACUAAGAUUAAAACAGAUCAUUUGAACCAGGGUUUACUCCUUGUCUUUAAGCCCAUCCUGCCUGGUACAUUACUGUUAUACGUUCAGGGAUGCUCAGGACAAUAGACAUUCCUCAUGGGAAGCAGCUAGGUUCCAAAGUGUUAACUGAAAUAAAAGCAAAAGUGAGCAAACUCAUAGAAUUUUCUAAAUACUAGCUCAGCUAUUGCCAAAAAAGCAAAAAAAGCACUACUUGCUACUGAACUAGAAUUUCAGCAUUUUAAAAGAAUCGUGUUUUAAUCUAGUUCACACACCAUAGUUAAAACACGAUUUCAGUUGGUUUGCUUGUUUGUCUUGCAGGGCUUAUACUUGUUAAUAAACCUCAGAGCAGGGUAUGCCAGUACUCAGAUGACCACGGUUGAACUGGAAUCUCCUGAAAUCCCCGAAUCUAUUCUACAUUGUUACAGAAACAACCAUCUUCGAAUUAAAAAGUACUUAAAAUUAUCUCCAAAAAGUGAGAAUAAAAAGAAGCUAAUUCUUUAUUUGGGAAAUGCCAUUCAGCUACCAUUAACUCCCAAGCUGUGUGCCUAACGGGUCUCCUGCAGCUUUGUCAGGUUGCAUUUUUGUUGAAAGCAGAUGGUGAUUAAACUACAUAGCAAAGAAAGAACCUUUCUUUGAUCUUUGUAAAUGAAUGUAUACAUACAAACUAUGCAUUUUCAUACAGCUGCAUACUGUAUCCUAAAUCAGUUCAACUCCAACCUUUUCCCCUAGGUUAGCAACUCCCAAACUUCAGGGGCUGCAGGUGCUCCCAUGUCCUUCAGCAUAUAUUUGUCUCCUGUCUUGUUUCUGCUCUCCAAAAACCCGAGGCACGGGACAGCAGAGUGGUGAGCUGCAGAGCCCCAGGAGCAGGGUUGCUGGGGGCCUGCGGCCAAGGCAGGGACCUCGCAUGCUCCAGGGGACCAGUUAGGACUCCCGGGCCCAGUGUGGCCAAGCAGAGAGACAUGUGGUACCUGUGCUCGCUCAGCCAGAGCUGCUGCUGCUCCGGCACCACUUGCACUUCUGCUCAGUGUCUCGCACGCUCAGGCAGCAGAGCAGGACCAGCAGCUGCUCUCUCACACAGGGUCAGUAGGAGUUUGCAGCAAGACUAGAACAAGCGAUGCCAAGGAGGAGGCCACUGCAAACUGGGCUUGCCGCCGUGAUCGUCCCGCUCGGGAGAGCGUUUUCAGCCACCCUACCAGCCCAGUUUCGUUCUUACCCCCACUUCCCCACGGUGCUCUGCAGCACACCACUUAGGACGCAUGGACAGCUCCUUAGGGGCUGUGGUCUCACGGCUGAGACCUGCUGCCCCAGAUGAUACGUUGCUCAAAACUCUCAAUCCUUCAUCCUAAUCAUUGACUGGACUUCAGGGCUGGGGUGUGUAAGAGACGAAGGAUCAGGCCUUGUUUUUAGUGUACUGUCUGUUGGAAGGGAGUAGGAAAGAUGAAAAACAGAUGUCUUGCUCUUGUAGCUGGUGUAAUUAAAUGAAGGAAAAAGGUAUUGCGUGUAACCUUCUUACACAAAUUUGGGGUUGUUGCUGUAAUAUAUUUCAGCCCAGCCUGGUCAAUGAAUGAAGUGUGUUUCUAACAGUUUAUCCUACAGGAAGAAAGACCAAAAAAAUAGAAGUAUUAAGAAUAACCUUGCUUUAGAGUAAAGCAAGCCUGGACUCAACAACGAAGAAAGAUUUUGUUUAUAUGCAAACUAUUCAAAUAUUUGAUACCAGUAUGAAGGCAGUAGUAUUCUUAGCUAUCUAGAAAUGUGCACUCAUCUAGUUUAUGUUUAAUUGAAAAAUAUUUUUGCAGUAUGUAUUUGUAUUUGAUGGGCUAAGGCCUUUAAUUUUAUAUUCUUUACAAGAAUUAGUGUGGAAAUUAUGUUUUCCCAUUUAUUGAGCUACCUGUCCAUGCUAGUUGUCCAUUUGCAUAAAGAAUAUUUCCACUACUUCAGAGGUUUGGGGUUGGUUUUUUUUAAACACUGUCCUUUUAAAAAAAUGCAGUGCUUUUUGUAUGUUGCUUAAUAGAAAAACAUAUUCCUUACCAGGGCCCCUACAACGUGAUCCACAGAACGCAAUGACUUGAAAAAAGUCCUUGAGGGCAGGUCUUCAACGGUUAUCAGCUGCCAUAUCUCCCAUAGCUGUGGCCAUUUAUAUCAGUGGAGGACCUGCCCCCAGGAGGGUUACGCAGAGGUAGCUGUAGGGAUGCUCAGCGUGGUACGGGAGGCUCGCUGGAGCUGGCAGAUCUCCGUUACCAGGAUGUGGCCUAUAACAGCAACAGAAAGACACUACUGCAUUUCUCUGCAAUCUGCAACUGUCCCGUGGGCCUGGUGUAGCUCCAGCUGCAGUCCCUCAAAUCAAAGCUCUUGACUGCAACCAUCAGUCCUUUGCUGUCACUUACUAUCACAAAGUUAACUUUUUAAAUUGAGGAAGAGCUUCCAAUUCUGGCACUAAUGGAAAUACUGAAUACUUUUAAUAUAUAUAUAUAUAUAUAUAUUUGGAAAGAAUUUGAAAAAAGUGUUUUGUCUUUUUUUAUACAACUUUUAGCCAAAUAGAAGUAUUCUGAUUAUUACUUCUGUGGAUACCUGUCCACCUGUAAAUAAACUCAUAUUCAGGUACAUGAACCUGAAGAAAAAAAUAAUAAGGACUGUUCACCAGCUAUGCGCUUUGCUAGCUGUUGGUUCCUUUGUACAUAAGAGGUAACUGUUUAAAUGUUGGUUGGGGUUUUUUUUAUUUAAUUGUUGUUCCUCUAAAGAAAGAAGAAGAAAAAAGCUUUUGACUUUGUUUUCUCUUUUCUGAGUUAAUACAAAGAUUUUCUAACUUUUUACUGCAGAAAUGGAUAAAUACCUGGUGCUAUGUGAAUUUGAGUCAAACUGGCCAUAGCAGACACACCAGUUAGAAUGCACUUUUCCUGUGGCACACAAUGUAUUUUCUCAGAAGGGACUUUCAAAGGACCAUCAGAUGUUUACAUUUCUUCUUGUUGCCCCAAAUAGUUUUGAAUAUUGAAAUAACUCCCAAAAAUAGAGAAAGUCAUGAUCCAUUACUGAUGUGACGAAUCCUUACAUUUAGGUAUCGACGACAGGUUUGUACAAAUACCAUUUUAGAGAUAGUUGAAAUAUUGGGCUUUCAUACUUUGUAAUGCUUUGAUGUGACAAUAAAUAUGCUGUUGCUAUUUAGUCUAACCUCAUUGUAGACCUGUAACUUCCUGUUUAUGGUUAUGUCAUGAAUUGCACUGGCUUGAAUUGAGCCAAAUACUGACUGUUCUGCUGAAAUAUUCCGACUGUUAUGAUGUCCACAAAACAUUAAUUAAAUGCACUUGUAUCUGACUGCCGUGGAGUAUGUCAAAUUAUUCAUGUAAUAAAACCCUUGUGUAUAACUUUU